AAUCAAUCACAAUAUUAUAUGCUUAGAACCACGAAUUUUAUGCAAAAUUGAUAUUUCUUGAACAUUGAUCCAAAUAUGGCAGCAAUACCGCUAAUGUACGCGCAAGAAGAUUGUGAACUUGGUGGAAAAGAAUCAAUGGAGGACGAUUUUGCGUAUCGCAACAAUGUAAUGAAUGCAGAUAAAGAAAUUAGACUGGGAUUUAUCCGUAAGGUUUAUGGCCUUCUUGCAGUCCAACUACUUGCUACAUUGGCUAUUUCAACUGUGUUCUUGCAAGUGUCUCCAGUGAAGAGUUUUAUACAUGAAAAUGAUUGGAUGGUAUUUAUCGCAUUCAUACUAAGCAUUGGCACGCUUUUGGCUCUGAUAGUGAAGAGACGUGACAGCCCUGCUAAUUUGUACCUCCUUGCUGCAUUUACUGUGGUGCAGUCCUAUACAGUGGGUGUUAUUGUAUCAUUCUAUGAUACCUUUGUAGUGCUGCAAGCAUUGGCUCUCACAUUCACCGUGGUUUUCUCUCUGACGCUCUACACCCUCAAUACAAAACGUGAUUUCUCGUUUAUGGGUUAUGGCCUCGUAGCUGGACUCAGCGUUCUCAUUAUUGGUGGCUUACUUCAAAUCUUUAUCCAAAGUUCCGGGUUAGAGCUACUCUUGGCGUUCGGCGGCGCUAUCCUGUUCAGCCUGUUUUUGAUCUUCGACACGCAGCAGAUGAUGACCAACCUGUCGCCUGAGGAAUACAUUCUGGCGACCAUUAAUUUAUACAUGGAUAUUAUCAAUUUAUUCUUACACAUUCUCCGCAUUCUUAAUGAAUUGAACCGCAACUAAGCGAAUAUAAUAAUAGUUUUUCAGCUCUAUUACAAAAUUUACCUUUUAUCUAGAUGUAUUAGUAUCUAACAGUAAGAUUUCUGUAAAUGGCACUUAGUAAUCUUUAAACCAGGGAUAACGUAAUUUCGUGGGUAAGUCGUGGAUCAAUCGAUUAAGUUUGUGUACUUAUAAAUAACGUAAAUUCCUCUACGGAUAAUUGACUAUCACGACACUGCUCGGCAAUUUAAAAAUAAAAUACCAAUAGAUGGUCUAAACUAAAAUAAAGCAUGAAAGUGGCGACUUAUUUUGUUCGAGGUAUAAAUAAUCCCAUCAAGUAAACAUCAUUCCAGAAACAUGUAACUAACUAUAGGUAAUUAUGUCCGCGCCUGGCCUGUCUGCAGUAACGUGUCUUUCUUCUUUAAUUUGAAUCCAAAAAGAAGCUCCUGUAAUAUCUGCAAUUGUUUGGCAGAAUGAUACAUUUUCAUACCCGGGCUUAGGCAUUAUAUAUGAAAUUCGAUUUAAACGAGUAUCCAAAAAACGGAAUAUAAAACGUACCUAAUUUAAAAUGGCUGUGAAUGUUCAGUACGUUACAUUCCUUUGUUUACCUACUUGACAUCAAUAAACACGAUGAUUCGUACAUAAAUUUGAGUUAGUAAGAUAUUAUUUUUUAAUAUGAGACGAAUGAUACAAGGUAUUAAAACAACUUAGAUAAGAUAUGGUUACAAUCAGAUAACGAUUAUUAAAUUAUAUUUUAUAGUAUUCUGCUAUUUAUAUGUUGUUUUUUUUUUGUUACAUUUGCCAAGUGUAUUAUCAGAUUACUAGUAAUAUCGUGUGUGUUAGCAGUAUCACAACAGCUUUAGACGUAGAUUUGAUGUGGUUUCCUAUUCCUACAAAAAGCACAAACGCAUCAUUUGUCGGCUCUUUCUUUAACCUAAAAGUAUGACUUAUUUGUGUAACGUUUUCUGAAAUAAACUGUCGGCAUUUAAUAAA